GAAGUAGCUAUUUCCCCCUUUUACAGAUGCAGAAACUGCAGCUCAAAAGUUAAAGACCUUGUCUCAGGGCGCACAGCUAGUAAAUGGUGGACUUAAGAUUUAAGCUCAGAUUUGUUAGACCUCAAAGCCCAUGAUUUGAAAUCAUUAUAAAAGUUUCCAAAUCCCUAGUAGCAGCCCAGCAGGAUAGAAAAAUGUGAAGAAAUUAUCUUUCCCAUUUGAUAGGUGAGAAAAUAGAGGCUGGAUGCUCUGGCCUCCAUCCCAGGCUCUUUAGGCUCCCCCACUCGGCCUUGCUUUCAUCUCUCUUGUAUGGGUAAAGGAACACAGACCGAGCUUGGAGUCCCACAGACCUGCUGUGAAUCUUGCUCCACCACCAGGGUUUGUGUGACUUUGGACCAGUAGUCUUGCUUCUCUGUGCCUAUAUGUGGCCACAGAAUUCCCAACAGGUUACUUUGAGGAAUAGGAAGGAAAAUGUUACCCUGCUCACAGUAUAUGUGCCAGGCACCGCAGAUCCCACACAACAGGGGAUCUGCAUUCCACUUGGCCACUGAGACCAACUCCCUGUGGCCUUGUAUUUAUUUAGAGCUUUGUUCUCCUCAGGGCUGGGAAGUGGUGGUGCCUGACCUGGGUAUGUGGCCACCUAUGACUUCCUGAGUGGGGCCCUGAGGAGUGCACUGAGCAGUGUAUGGUUCUGAGGCCUUGGACUUGAAAGGAGGGAAAGGUCCUGUGUUGUCAUCAUGACUGAUGAGGAAUGCCACAGGCAAGGCCAUCAGAAGCCUCCUGCUACUUCUGGUUGCCUUGGCCGUAGGGUCACAGAAUCUGAGAGCCCAGAGGAGCCUUGGAGACCACCUGUUGCAACUCCUGUUUUGGAGAUGAGGUAACCGAGACCCAUUGUGAGGAAGUGACUUUUAUCUGAGACACCGGACAGUGCAGAGAUCGAGCGCCUGAAACUUGCAUUUUUGGAGCUGCCACCAGGACCUAGGGAUUUCCACCAGGGCAGUGAGCAAGAAUUCUAGGCUGCUUGGAGGUCUCAAGGAUCACAGACGAGUCACCGGCUCUGGCUGUCUGCCCAUGUCCCCUGGGGAGGAGGUGGAGGAAGCCAGCAGCAGCCCGAGUUUCUCUGACAGGGGAACUCUGACUGUGGUUCCUGAAAGUCUGUGACAUGGUUGUUUUUUCUCUCUGACUCGUUCUCUUGCUCUCUGUCACUCUAAAGAAUGACUGGACACUCCUAGAGCCUUCAGUCAGCAUCCAGGGGAUUUUUUUCACCACAAAGGGUAAUUCCUGCAUCCCUCCUGUGAUUCAGCUGUGACGUUGAACCACACAAGUCAGCGAGAAGAUAAAGUCAUCAGACUCCUGCUCACCAGAGAGGGUGCCCACGCCAGAACUUACCUCUUCUCUCAGCGCAGACUCCACAGGGCUGGGUGCCUCCCCGCAGGAACUAAUCGGGCCCCCUGGCCAGCCUGGGACCCCGGGAUGGCCUCUGGCUCAGCUAGCAGCCCCCGCCCAGCCCCCGAUGAGAACGAGUUUCCCUUUGGGUGCCCCCCCACCGUCUGCCAGGACCCAUCAGAGCCCAAGGCCCUCUGCUGCACCGCCUGUCUCUCUGAGAACUUGAGGAACGGCGAGGAUCCAAUCUGUCCCAAGUGCAGAGGAGAUGACCCCCAAUCUGUAAGCCCAGGAAGCCUUAUGUCUCCGGAGAAGGAUCACCCUGAGGCGGCUACAGAUGGAGUUGUGUGCCCCUUUGCAGGCGUUGGCUGCUCCUUCAAGGGGAGCGCCAAGUUCAUGCAGGAGCAUGAAGUCACCUCUCAGGCCACCCACCUAAACCUGCUGUUGGAGUUCAUGAAACAGUGGAAGGCCCAGCUGGGCUCAGGCCUGGGUUCAGGGCCCAUGGCCCUGGAGCGGAAUCUGUCAGACCUGCAGCUGCAGGCGGCCGUGGAGGUGGCUGGGGACCUGGAGGUAGACUGCUACCGGGCACCCUGCUCUGAGAACCAGGAGGAGUUGGCCCUGCAGCACUUCAUGAAGGAGAAGCUCCUGGCCGACUUGGAAGGGAAGCUGCGCGUGUUUGAGAACAUCGUCGCCGUCCUCAACAAGGAGGUGGAGGCCUCCCACCUGGCCCUGGCUGCCUCCAUCCACCAGAGCCAGCUGGACCGCGAGCUCAUCCUGAGCUUGGAACAGAGGGUGAUGGAUUUGCAUCAGACACUGGCCCAGAAAGACCAGGCCCUGGGUAAGCUGGAGCAGAGCCUGCGCCUCAUGGAGGAGGCCUCCUUCGAUGGCACCUUUCUGUGGAAGAUCACCAACGUCACUAGGCGGUGCCAUGAGUCAGCCUGUGGCAGGACCGUCAGCCUCUUCUCCCCAGCUUUCUACACUGCCAAGUACGGCUACAAGUUGUGCCUGAGGCUCUACUUGAAUGGUGAUGGAACAGGAAAGAGGACCCACCUGUCACUCUUCAUUGUGAUCAUGAAAGGGGAAUACGAUGCUCUGCUGCCCUGGCCUUUCCGGAACAAGGUCACCUUCAUGCUUCUGGACCAGAACAACCGUGAGCACGCCAUUGACGCCUUCCGGCCCGACCUGAGCUCAGCAUCCUUCCAGCGGCCCCAGAGUGAAACCAACGUCGCCAGCGGCUGCCCUCUCUUCUUCCCUCUCAACAGGCUGCAGUCGCCCAAGCAUGCUUAUGUGAAGGACGACACCAUGUUCCUCAAGUGCAUCGUGGAAACAAGUGCUUAGGGGAUCUGGGGACGAGUAGCUGCAUCUGUGUCCUGAGGGAGCACCAACCCAGACUGGAGGAAGUCCUGCCUUGGUGUCCACAGUCCCCAGGCACAGUAAUAGCUGGGCUGGCAUGAUCGGAGCAGGGCUGACAGGUUGACUGUGGCAGCCAUCAGCUUAGGUGGCUGGCAGGCCCUUGGGCUGGGCCCACAAAGGCAGAGGGUUCAGAAGGAGGUGGUGGCAGAACUGUUCCCUCUGCACUGACCACGCAACACUGGCCGCCACUCCAACCCUGAAUGUUGAGGCAGACUCUGACUAAGAUGGGGAGGGAAGGGGGACCAGACCUGGGACAUGGAUCGCCACCUGGAGAUAAAGGACCUGAGCCUAGAAGGUCUCUGCAGGGCCACCAUGGAAACUGGAAACACACUUGCUGCCCUCCUGCCCGGGGUCAGAACCAAGGGGUGGAAGGGACAGGUUGCCAGUGUGAAAUCAUUCUGUCCAGACAUGCACUGAGUUCCCCAUCACUGGAGGUAAACAAGCAAAGCCAGAGGGCUACACUGGAAUGGGGGAAGGCAUUAAAUUGGGGGUUGGAUAUGAAGACCUUCAAAAUUCCUUCCAGCCCAGAAAGUCUCUAAUUCUAGGCCUCCUGGUCCAGGUGAGGCCUAUGGCUGCAGGGGCUCUGGAAACAUUCAGGAGCCUCGUGUCCUCCAGGUUUCGCACUCACCUUCAGUACCACCAGGUGGGCUGAGCUGGCCGGCACAGCACCUACCACAUACACACAAACCCUGCGUCCUAUGCCUCCCCCAGCCCAAUUCCCCUUCACCUUCUCCAGGUGCAACAAGGUCACUGAGCUCUCAGGAGCAGCCAGAGGAGCGUGAAGGAAGAGAGGCAUAAACUCUCCACUGCCUGCCCGGGGCUCACCUUCCACGCUUUCCAGAAUCCUGUGUCGCCUGAUUAACCAAGGUAUUCACUUUUCUCGUUGACUGAUCAGGGUCUCUGAGCCACUAGCAGAGGUUGCCCUUUCAAAUGUGUAUAAAACCAAAGAAAUAUUUUUUUAAAAAAC